GGGUAGUGUGAUGAGAGCGUAUCUUGAGAUAUAGCUGGAUUAAGUUUCUUAAGAGAAAUGACUGAACUGUUUGUUUUGUAAUUCUAGGGGUUAAGGUGAAAUAGGAAUUUGGCGGAGAAAUUAAAUUGGAAAUCAGGAAUUCUGUGCAAUAGUCAUCUCCAGACAACAAUUUCGUAUCGUGGAGACGCGGCGGAGGCGAGAGUAGUAGUAGGACGAGAUGGAGGGAAACGGUCCUAAAUGAGUCUUGAGGUCCCACUACCCCUCAGAGUUAGUUCUCUUUAAGUACAAGAGAAUUCUCAGUCAUCAGAAGCCCUCUCCUAUGCGGGAACAAGUAUUCUGAUGGGUUUGUCUCUCCAGACGCUGUAAACAAAAGCAAAGCCGGGCUCAGGCGAGGAUGGCGCUCGCUCACUGGGGUGCUGUGUGCGCUCAGGACGCCUCAGGGUGCUGGGAACCAAUGAAGUCACGACGGAAGACGCUGCGCUUUAAAGUCUAGAAUUAGCACAUGCCGACUUGGCUCCACGUUAAAAUAAAAAACAAAAGUAGUUCUAAGAAUCUUUUGUAGAAAUCAUAGGCCUCCGCCAGGCCCCGCCUCUCCCCGGACGCCAUCCAGUGGGCCCAAGAGGGACUCCAGAACAGACUCACGGCAGCCAGAAGCGGCCCCGCCAACUGAAGCAACCCCUGCGGCGCGCCUCGGCAGCUCCGGAGCUGCACCCGCUCCUAGUGCGCAGGCGCAGAAAGCUCGCCGCCGUCCUCGAGCCGAGCCCUAGCGACCGUGCCCCGACUUCAGCCUUAACUGUGGGCAGUUUACUUUCGAACCGCGGCCCCGCGCUCUUUCUCAUUGGCUGAGGCGACGCAGUUGAAGGUUGCCGGGAGACUGCGCCUGCGCCUUAAGGCGCCUGAGCUCCGCCUCUUCUGAGCACCUGAAGGCCUCAGGGCAGAGGAGGGCGGGGACGCCAAGCAGCCCUCAGCACCGUCCGGUGGCCGUGCAACCCUGUUGCUGCUAGUGGAGUUGCCUGUUUCCCGUCCUCACGAAUAAGGAUAAAAGAAUCCGAAAAAGUUAAAGAAGAUAUAUAUUCAGUCUCCAAACCAGAAAGUCAACUAAAUGGAAAUGCACAAUUUUGAGGAUGAGUUAACAUGUCCCAUUUGUUACAGUAUUUUUGAAGAUCCUCGUGUACUACCAUGCUCUCAUACAUUUUGUAGAAAUUGUUUGGAAAAUGUGCUACAGGCAACUGGUAACUUUUAUAUAUGGAGACCUUUACGCAUUCCACUCAAGUGCCCUAACUGCAGAAGUAUUAUUGAAAUUGCUCCAAGUGGUAUUGAAUCUUUACCUGUUAAUUUUGCAUUAAGGGCUAUUAUUGAAAAGUACCAGCAAGAAGACCAUCCGGAUAUCAUCACCUGCCCUGAGCAUUAUAGGCAGCCCUUAAAUGUUUACUGUCUCCUGGAUAAAAAAUUGGUUUGUGGUCAUUGCCUUACCAUAGGUCAGCAUCACGGUCAUCCUAUAGACGACCUUCAGAGUGCCUAUAUGAAAGAAAAGGACACACCUCAAAAACUGCUUGAACAGUUAACUGACACACACUGGACAGAUCUUACUUGUCUUAUUGAAAAGCUAGAAGAACAAAAAUCUCAUUCAGAGAAAAUGGUCCAAGGUGAUAAGGAAGUUGUUCUCCAGUAUUUUAAGGAGCUUAGUGAUAUAUUAGAACAGAAAAAAAAAAUUUUCCUAACAGCUCUUUGUGAUGUUGGCAAUCUGAUUAACCAAGAAUAUACUCCACAGAUUGAAAGAAUGAAAGAAAUAAGAGAGCAGCAGCUUGAAUUAGUGACACUGACAACAUCUUUACAAGAAGAGGCUCCACUUAAAUUUCUUGAAAAAGUUGACGAUGUCCGCCAACGUGUGCAGAUCUUGAAACAAAGACCGCUUCCUAAGGUCCAACCUGUUGAAAUUUAUCCUCGAGUAAGCCAAGUAUUGAAAGAAGAUUGGAGCAGAACAGAAAUUGGACAAAUUAAGAAACUUCUCAUUCCUGAAAUGAAGAUCUCUUCAAAAAGGAUUCCCUGUGCCUGGCCUGAUAAAGAGGAAAAAGUUGAAUUUUUUAAGAUUCUAAACAUUGUUAUAGUUACACUAAUUUCACUGAUACUGAUGUUGAUCCUCUUUUUUAACCAACACAUAAUCACCUUUUUAAAUGAAAUCACUUCAAUAUGUUUUUCUGAAGUCUCUCUCUCUGUUUACCAAAGUUUAUCUAAGAAUGUGCACAAUUUAAAGAAUAUACUAUGUCACACUGUGUAUUUACUGAAGGAAUUCAUGUGGAAAAUGGUUUCUCAUUGAACAUUCUAAUCUGGAUUAUUUAAGGCUUAUUCUGUACAGCAGAGGCUAAUGACCAUCGCUAAGUAGAGGAAUAUAGGGGUAACUUGGAUAAAUAAAAUAGGCUGAAGUUUGUUAGAAUUGCAACAGAAAAAUCCCUCUUAUGCUUCUGUUGAAUACAAAAUGUGUCAUCAGAAGUUAGAAAUGAGACAGUGUCUGGUUUUCUGAAAACCAGAACGAACUCUAGUGAGAACUUGAUUUAAGUAUUAAUACAUUAUCUCAUUUUUAUUGGUUUUUAAGGUUGACUAUUUUAACAUUCUUAUAGCAGUAGUUUUAGCAUUAUAUACUGCAGUGGUUGGCUUUACAGUUGUGUAUACAUAGUUUUUAAUUAAGAUGUCAAAAUCCUGAAAGAUAAAAACUUUUGAAUGGGCAAAUAAAGAUGGUGAGAAGAGGUUUUAUAUUUAAGUAGCUAAGUCAAAGUGAUAGGGGAUUGCUGAUGUUCAAGAUAUGUUUGAUCAAAUGUACCUGAUCCACACAUUAGUGUUUUAGAUUUAUGAGCCUGCAGUUUCUGUAACAUUCAUUCCUAAUAAAACUGUUGCUUAAGUGUUGUUACGGACAAAACGG